AUGAAUGGAUCUACUUGGUACACGGAGAGGUCUCCACAAAAGCUUGUAGGAGGAAUUCAUGAGGCGGGGCAAUUAACCGAUUUGUCAACAAAGUUGGAUAAUGUGAUUUCCAUGGUUCAAAAGCUUGCCCAAAUCACCAUCCAAAAACACAAUGUGAGUCAUGUUUCUAACCCUCCUACUCUUGGUCAAGUUUUGAUGUGUGAACUUUGUGGUGGUGGACAUAAGCCAGUGGAUUGUCUCAACGAGUUAAAUUCCCAAACCUCUAUGGAGAAAAUUAAUAUGGUGGGAUAUAAUAGGCCUCAUCAACAGUCUUUCCAACCUCAAGGAACCUACAAUCCUAAUAAUUCAAGGAACCACCCCGGUUUUUCAUGGAGUAACCCAAUGGGGGCUGCCAAUCCCCAACACUUUGUUAAUAGAGGUCCUCCAAGUUUCCAAAGUACUCAAGUUCAAUCUCAAUUACCCGCUUCGGAGGCCCCACCACAAUCAAAUUUGGAAGCUAUGAUGGAGAAGCUACUUAAGUUACAUUUGCAAAGUGACGAGAGGUAUAGGCAAUUAGCGGAAAGGGUGGAUCAAUUGAGUGCCCAUAACAAGAUGCUUGAAAAUCAACUUGCAAAGCAAGCCUCUACAUCUAGCACCAGAGUCACAGGGAAGUUGCCAGCUAGUACUGAAAAUCCCAGGGAACAUGUCAUUGCAAUUGGCACUAGGAGUGACAAGGUUCUUGAAGAGCCAUCUCCUCCUAUCAAAGCAUCAAUUCCAACUAGAACUGUUGAAGAGGAAAUAGAAAGGAUACUUGACAGAGAUGAGGAUGAGCCAAUUGUUGAGAAAAAUAACCCACAAGUCAUUGAUAAAGGAAAGAAGACCGUACGAAGGUAUGAAAAUCCCUUGCCAUUUCCUCUACAAGAAACAAAGAAAAGUAGAUGGACGAAAUUUUUAGAAAUAGUUGAAAAUUUGAAAGUUUAUGUCCCUUUACUUGAUUUGCUCUCCCAAGUUCCCUCCUAUGGAAAAUUCUUGAAAGAAAUACUUGCCAAAAAGAGAAAAUAUGGGGAACAUGAGAUGAUUGCAAUGACACAAGAGUAUAGGGCCUUGACACCCAGAGUUGGAAGAAGAGUGACUAAAUAUAAAGAUCCGGGGAAGUUCACAAUUCCUUGUAUUGUUGGAGGUCGUCCUAUAAAAGGAUCCCUUUGUGAUCUUGGAGCCAGUGUCAGCGUCAUGCCUCUUUCACUUUGUAUGAAGAUGAAUUUUGGAAAGCCAAACCCUAUCAACCUCACAUUGUGCAUGGCGGACCAGUCUACUUCAACCGUUGUGGGUAUACUUGAAGAUGUCGCUGUUCGCGUGGACAAAUAUUGUCCUUGUUGA